AUGACGACCAAGGCGGUGGCGUCGACGUCGACGUCGUCGCAGAAAUGGGCGGCGGAGAAGCGGCCGCCGCCAAUGCCGCGACGCGACGAUCGCCUCCGCUGCAUCAACUCGUUCGACGAGAUCACGGAGAGCGAGGAAGAAGAGGACGUGCCCGAGGUUGGUUUUGAGAAAAAACCGAGAAAAAUGAGGUUGCUGUGAGUCAAAAGUCCGCAAAAUAUCGUGGACGUGCUGUGUUGCAAAAAAAAAUCUUCGAGAAAGCGAUCUAUUUUUCAAAAUUUAAAAUUUUUUUCUGCGAUAUGCAGUGAAGUUUUCUGUCAAGUUCGCGUGCUUUUUCAUACAAAAAACUCAUUCUUAUAAAUUUUCGCACAAAAUACGCAUUCGGUGUAGACACAGUUUCAACCUACACUAUGGUAGAAAAGUUCUGAAUAUGCAUAGAAAGUUGUAAAUAAUUUUUUUUUAGUGUUUUGGCUUGUAUAAAUGUAUGUUCUUGAAAUUCGGGUUUUUCUCAAUUGAUUAUGGAUUGGCGUUAUUCGCCUUUUUUUCAAAACUUGUUAUGAUGAUGAUUUAAAACUUUUUUUUUGUUUCAGAGACCGACCAACUCGUCGGCGAGGUCACCCUACGCCGUCUACGAACGUUCGCUGUCGCUGCCGUCUCGAUCGAACUCUUUACCGCAUAAUCAGUACAUUUCGCCUAAAACUACGCGGUAGGUCGAGCACAAUGAAAUUGGUUAAUGAAACUUUAGAAAAAAAAUUGAAAAAAUCGGUCCAUUUCGGGUUUGAGAAAGUUAGUGCGCUGUAAGUCGAAAACAACGAGUUUUGGCUUCCUGAAAAGAUAAGUCUUCCAAAUAUUUGCAAGGUACUUCAGUUUUCUUCAGUCAUAUCAACUUUUGAGUUGCCAGUUUAUACAAUUGCAGUAUGGACUUCAUUGUUUUAGAGGCCUCUUUGUUAAUUUUCAUCGAAAACUCCAAAAAUAUGUUCGGUAAAAUGGCAAAGUUUGAAGAAGAGCGCCUCAUUUUUCGAAAGGAUAAAUGGAAACAAUGACAAACUUGACCCUUGAGUGGUUAGGUUUUUUUUCUUGAACGUUUAAAAAACAUCUGAAAAGUUGGUCUUUCUCCGAAUUCUUCUUUCAAAUAAUUACAAGGAAAGUUCUUUGAGUUUACUUCAGUUACCAGUCUUAUAAAAUUAACGAUGUUUUCAACGAGAUAAACCAAAAAUUAAGUAAUUAAUUUGACUGAAAAAUGGAAAAAAAAAAAGUUUUCCAGUCGCUGGAUCAAUCGCUUCUUUUCGGAUCCGGUGAUGCGCCGAAAAACAUCGCUGCCUAUUUUGGGACGUCACAUUUCCGACGACGAUCUUCUUGGUGAGGAAGAAAUAGAUAAGGCGAAUUUCCGUCCAAAGCAAAAUGGGCUCUCUUCCAAAGAACACUCGAUGGCCAAUUUCUUAGGACUGCCGCCGAUUCCGGAAGCGACGAGCCCCUCGGCGCCUUCCAUCGCCACGUCAUCAUCGACUAACAACCCUGAAGACGUCACUAAGGAUGACGACGCCUGA